UCGCUCCAGCGUUUCUUUCUUUUCUGUAGCGUGCGCAGCAUCUUUCCACGCAAACGGUCGCAGCGCCGCGGGGAAAACGCGCCGCUGAUUCUUUGCCGUGCAGCAAGAAAACGGGCGUAUCUUUUUUUUUUUUUUCUUCUCCUCCCAAUUCCUCAAAUCGCCGUCGCCUUUCCGCAAGGACUCCCGUCUUUAAAGGCGAUACGUUGCGUAAGAAUAAAAGAAAGAAAGAAGAAGGAGAAAACACACACACACACAUCGGGGACAAACGAGGGGAUUUAAACGCAAACGCAGCCAAGCAUCCAAGAGCGAGCUCGAAAAUGAUGGCCGGCGGAGCAGUACAGCAAAACGGGAUUUUCUCAAAUCCUCACCAUCACAAUCAACCACCGCACAUGGAGUCCGACCCUCCGGACUCGCGCAAGAGACCCCUGGAGACUCCGACGGAGGCCAGCAGCACCAAGCGCACAAACACAGGAGUGGCCUUCCUGCAGCCCCUAUUUGAAACUGAAGGCAUUGUAUUCCCUCAACAAGAAACUGAGACUCAUGAGGAAGGCGAGUACUUCCUGAAGGUUUUGAUUCCCAGCUAUGCGGCGGGCUCCAUCAUCGGCAAGGGAGGUCAGACCAUCGUCCAGCUGCAGAAAGAGACCGGAGCCACCAUCAAACUGUCCAAAUCCAAAGACUUCUACCCGGGGACGACAGAGCGCGUGUGUCUGAUCCAGGGGACGGUGGAAGCGCUGAACGGCGUCCAUGACUUCAUCGCUGAGAAGGUGAGGGAGAUGCCUCAGAGCACCCAGAAGACGGAGCCGGUCAGCAUCCUGCAGCCACAGACCACCGUCAACCCCGACCGCGUCAAACAGGCCAAGCUGAUCGUCCCCAACAGCACGGCAGGCCUGAUCAUCGGCAAAGGCGGUGCAACAGUCAAGGCGGUGAUGGAGCAGUCCGGGGCGUGGGUCCAGCUAUCCCAAAAGCCAGAGGGCAUUAACCUGCAAGAGCGUGUGGUCACCAUCAGCGGGGAGCCCGAGCAGAACCGCAAAGCCGUGGAGAUCAUUGUCCAGAAGAUUCAGGAGGACCCGCAGAGCUCCUCCUGCCUCAACAUCUCCUACUCCAACAUCACAGGGCCCGUGGCCAACUCCAACCCCACCGGAUCCCCAUAUGCCAACUCGACCGAGGUCAUGCCAUCCGCGGCGGCCGCCGCGGCAGCGACAGCCUCCUCCCUGCUCGGCCAGGCCAGCCUGGCCGGGGUGGGGGCCUUCCCAACCACCAUGUCCAGCUUCUCAGGCAACGACCUUCUGACCAUAACCUCCGCCCUCAACACCCUGGCCAGCUACGGCUACAACACCAACUCCCUCGGCCUCGGGCUGAAUCCCGCUGCAGCCUCGGGGGUGCUAGCAGCGGUAGCGGCUAAUGCUAAUCCCGCAGCGGCCGCCGCGGCUAACUUGUUAGCAUCCUAUGCCAGCGACGCAUCCGGUAGCGGAGGUCACCCGGUGCCCGGUCUCGGAGGCUUCACCCUUGGAUCCCUGGCCGCAGCAACGGGGGCCACCAACGGCUACUUAAGCGCUGCGUCGCCCCUGGUGGCGCAAUCUCUCCUGGCCACAGAGAAGCUGGGAGAAGGAGCGAAGGAAGUGGUCGAGAUCGCUGUGCCGGAAAACCUGGUUGGAGCCAUCUUGGGGAAAGGAGGAAAGACGUUAGUGGAGUACCAGGAGCUGACCGGCGCCAGAAUCCAGAUCUCCAAGAAAGGCGAGUUCAUCCCGGGAACUCGGAACAGGAAGGUGACCAUCACGGGUUCCCAGGCCGCCACGCAGGCCGCACAGUACCUGAUAAGCCAGCGAAUCACCUACGAGCAGGGGGUACGUGCCACCAACCCACAGAAGGUGGGCUAAACCCGACAGCCAAUGAGAAACGAGGAGGAAAAGAGGAGAGAAAAAAAAGAGUGGGGGCUUGGGGGAGGAGUGUAAAAAGAAGUGAGAGGGAGAACGGAAAAAGGAGAGGAGAGCAAGAAUGUCAGAAGGAAUCGUCCGCGCUGUUUUCUUCUGCGUGUUUUCAGUAUUCUCUAUUAAAAAAAUAAUUUUUGACGCAAAGCAAAAAUGUGCUGAGAAGACGAGGAGGGAGAGGAGCGAGUUAUCACGCUGAAAAACCAAGAAAAAAAUUGUGUAACGUGUAAAUAUGGUUUUAUUACUUAACGUCUUGACCUUUCAGGAUUUUUUAUUGUUUUGUUUCAUGGUUUUAUUGUUUGGAUUAGUAAAUUAAGCUGUCUGUUCGUU